AUGUCACACAACAAACCCGUCAACGAGCCCAUCGUUAUCAUAGGUAGCGGAUGUCGCUUUGCAGGAGGAGCAAACUCACCUUCGAAACUAUGGGACCUGCUCCGCAACCCGAAAGAUUUACGCAGUGAUGUCACGAGCCGCUUCAACAGCCAGGGGUACUAUCACAAGGACGGUACACAUCAUGGACACAUGAACGUGCUACAGUCGUAUCUCAUAGGGGAAGACACACGACUGUUUGAUGCCGAAUUCUUCGGUGUCAAUCCCGUCGAGGCCAAAGCGAUGGAUCCACAACAACGUCUACUGCUUGAAGUCGUCUACGAAGCAAUCGAAUCAGCAGGCCUGAGUAUGGAGAGAAUGCGAGGAAGCGAUACGGCAGUCUUUGCUGGCCUUAUGUGCGGCGAUUACGAGGCCAUGAUGCUUCGGGAUUUGGAUCAAGCGCCAACACAUUUUGCUAUUGGGACAUCGCGAGCAAUCCUCUCAAAUCGAGUAUCAUAUUUCUUUGACUGGCAUGGGCCCUCCAUUACUAUCGACACCGCAUGCUCAUCUAGUCUCGUCGCCGUUCAUCACGCGGUCCAGGCACUGCGGUCAGGAGACAGCCACGCAGCGAUUGCGUGUGGCUCAAACCUCAUCCUAGGCCCGGAAAUGUACGUCAUAGAAAGCAAAUUGAAGAUGCUGUCCCCAGAUGGGCUCAGUCGCAUGUGGGAUAAGGACGCGAAUGGUUAUGCACGCGGAGAAGGCGUGACAGCUGUCGUGCUCAAGACGCUGAGCCAGGCGUUGGCAGACAACGACAGAAUUGAAGCCGUGAUAAGAGAAACGGGCGUCAAUCAAGAUGGAGCAACGCCCGGCAUCACAAUGCCUAGUGCUAGUGCACAGCGGGCAUUAAUCCACAGCGUGUACAGGAAAGCCGGUCUUGAUCCAGAGAGCCCCAAUGAUCGGCCCCAGUACAUCGAAUCUCAUGGUACUGGUACACCAGCAGGAGGAUCCAUCAAGACUGUGCUGGGACAUACUGAGGGUUCAGCCGGCAUCGCAGCGCUUCUUAAAGUUACCAAGGCGAUUCAGAAUGCCACAGUACCGCCAAACCUAUGGUUCCAACAACUGAACCACAAGUUAGAGCCAUUUUAUGGCAAUAUUCAGAUACCCACCCAACCAGUCACAUGGCCUGCUACAGAAAAGAGGAGGCGGAAACGUGCUAGCAUCAACAACUUUGGUUUUGGUGGAACGAAUGCUCAUGCAAUUGUCGAAGGCUAUGAGCCAAAGGAAGAGAUUCCGCCUCCCAGCUUCCACCAUGUCGAUGCUACGGUAUCGACACCCUUUGUCUUCUCAGCUGCGUCGAAGGAGUCAUUGCGCGCAAACCUCGCCGCGUAUGCUCUUCACUUGGAUGCCCAUCCACAAAUUAGCACGCGAGACCUUGCAUACACAUUACGCGAACGACGAUCAGUGCUUCCAUUUCGUAUAGCCUUUCCGGAAUCGAACACCAAGGAUCUGAAACUCAGUAUCGCAGCCCGCCUCUCGGAGUCAGAUGGAGAAGGUCUUGGAGUACGCACAUGGGCAGCAAAUAAUGGAGGGAGUUCUAAGCUCCUUGGAAUCUUCACCGGCCAGGGAGCGCAAUACGCGCGUAUGGGUACAGAACUGCUUGCCCAGACCAACAUGGCUCGGAAAACGCUUGAAGAGCUCGAGGGUUAUCUUGCCGAACUUCCAGAAGAAGAUCGUCCGAGCUGGUCGCUUCAGAGUGAACUGCUUGCCGACCCCUCAGUCUCCCGUGUGGGUGAAGCAGCAAUCUCACAACCGCUGUGUACGGCAGUUCAAAUCAUCUUAGUGAAACUCCUCUGCUCGGCAAAAGUUAGAUUCGACACUGUUAUCGGUCACUCUAGUGGAGAGAUAGCAGCUGCAUACGCGGCGGGAUACCUCAGUGCACGCGAUGCACUCCUUGUUGCUUACUACAGAGGGUUGCAUUGCAAGCUUGCCGCAAGCCCUAACGGAAAUGUAAAGGGCGCUAUGCUCGCUGCCGGAACCUCGUUGGAAGAUGCAACCGAGCUAUGCGAGGAUGAGGAGUUUUCAGGUCGAAUCAAUGUCGCGGCAAGCAAUUCAUCUUCAAGUGUCACUAUCUCCGGAGACGAGGAUGCUAUUGAUGAGCUCGCAACAGUCUUUGACGACGAGAAGAAGUUCAAUCGCCGACUCAAAGUGGAUACGGCGUACCACUCAAAGCACAUGCUGCCGUGUUUCGAACCAUACGUCGCAUCUCUCCGACGCGUUGGAAUUACGGUGCUGCCUGGCAAUGAUCAAUGCACUUGGAUCUCAAGUGUCCAUGAAGGCAGGGCGAUCAAUCCCGCAACCGAUGAGUUGGCGGAUGUUUACUGGGCACAAAACAUGACCAAGCCUGUUUUGUUCUCCCAGGCUGUACAAGCAGCCGUUGCACCAGUUCGGGGUGGCGAACCCUUUGCAGCAGCACUCGAGGUUGGUCCACAUGCUGCUCUCGCUGGACCAGCAAAGCAAACUAUUCAAGAAGUUGCACAAAAGGAAAUUCCAUAUCAUGGAUCUCUAGUUCGCGGCGAAAACGCAACGAAGGCUUUUGCGACGUGCCUCGGAUUCUUGUGGGAGCGCCUUGACGCCGCUUCGUUGGACCUGGGUAGCUGUGAAGCGGCAUUGUCCUCGUCUGGCGGCGUUCAGCAGUAUACUGUGCUCGCUGAUUUGCCGACUUAUCAAUGGAAGCACGAGACUGUGUACUGGGCAGAAUCUAGGAGGUCGCGCCGCAUGCGACUACGCGAGGGGCCUUUUCAUCAGCUGCUCGGCAACGUAUCUCCAGACAGCGCACCGCACAUACUCCGAUGGAAGAAUGUGCUGAAACCGAAGGAGAUGACUUGGCUGGAGGGACAUCAGGUGCAGAAUCAAGUAGUGCUGCCGGCCGCAACCUACAUCUGUACGGCUAUUGAGGCUGCGCGGUCGCUGGCCCAAGGCAAGAACAUUCAGCUCAUCGAGCUGAGUAACUUUUGCAUCCACAAUGCCAUUACUUUCGACCAGAAUGACGUGGGAGUUGAAGUUUUGGUUGAACUGUCUCGCAUUAACGUCAAAGAAAAUCAUGUCAACGCUACGUUCACCUACACCGCUGGACUGGGAGAUGAGACAAACGACCUUGCCCUUGCCGCCAAUGGUGAGCUCAACAUUCUGCUCGUGGACGAUGAUCCGUCUCUUGCGCUUUUCCCAGAACGCCAAGAGCCACCGCCGCACAUGAUUCCCGUGCAGCCAAGCCGUUUGUAUGAUUUCAUGAAGGGGUUGGAAUAUGACUUCUCCGGACCAUUCCAGUCCCUCGCCAAACUGGAGAGAAAGCUCGGUACUGCAACAUGCCUUGCGAAAAAAGCGAGGAAAUCUGUACCGGAUGCAGAUGAUCUCCUUGUUCAUCCUGUUGACCUCGACGCCGCUUUUCAGUCUGUUAUGCUGGCAUACAGCUACCCUGGCGAUGAUCAAUUACGCUUGUUGCAUUUGCCCACCAGUAUUGAAAGACUACGUGUAAAUCCUGCGGCCCUUUCUUCUCAAAAGUAUGUUGAAAACGACACGACAAUUCUUGAUUCUACUUGCACCACAGCAGACCGCGCUGAGCCUGGCAAUGGCUUUUCGGGCAGUGUCAACAUGUAUGCGGCCGGUUUCGACCACGCAGCCAUUCAGGUGGAACAAGUCAAAUUCAAGCCUGUUGGAUCCGAUGCGAAGGAUGACCGGAAUGUCUUCUAUAAGAUGCAUUGGGUACCUAGUAAACCUGACGGACUACUAGCUGCAGCUAGUGUUCCCAUAACUGAGCGCGAUCGCAAGCUUAUGUUUGUCCUGAGUCGCAUUGCCGCCUACUACCUGCGGAAAUUUGACGAAAUGAUCGCCGAAGAUGAUCCUGCAAGAUUGGAAAGCCCUCUUUGCCAUUACAUGCGCUAUGCUCGACACAUGAUGGGCCUGUUGAGGGCGGGAGAGCAUAAAUGGGCGUACAAGGAGUGGCUUCAAGAUACAGAGCAGGACGUCUUUGACGACAUUGCUUCUAAAGGCUUCCAGGAUAACUCUGAUGUUAGGAUUAUGCUUCUGGUUGGGAGCACCAUGCCACGUGUGUUCAGGCGUGAGACGACAAUGCUGGAGCAUUUCCGCACGUCUGGAUUGCUCGACGAGUACUACUCUAACGGUUUCGGGACCAAGCAGUGCACUCUGUGGGUUGCCGGCGUCCUGAAGCAAUUGGCGGACUGCAAUCCACAUCUUAACCUGUUGGAGAUUGGAGCUGGUACUGGUAGUGCGACCAAGACGAUUCUGAAGUCCGUUGGCCACGACUUUGCAAGUUAUACCUUUACCGACAUCUCAUCUAGCUUCUUCGAGAAUGCGGCUGAGACUUUUUCAGACUAUGGAAGUCGCAUGGUUUUUAAGGUGUGUAAUGCUGAGAAUGAUCCUGUUGAGCAGGGCUUCGAAGCAGGUACAUAUGAUGUUGUCAUUGCCUUCAUGGUCAUUCAUGCUUGCGCAAAGCUUGACGAGGCUGUGGCCAAUCUCCGAAAGCUCCUGAAGCCUGGCGGUCUAUUGGUUCUUGGAGAAGGUGCUAGCGAUGGCGCAAUGCAAGCUGGCGCAGGGUUCAUAUUCGGUACCCUCCCGGGCUGGUGGCGCGGUGUUGAUGAGGGUCGCACAUUGUCGCCCUUGGUGAGCGCGUCAGAAUGGCAGGUCAUUCUCAGAGACGCCGGCUUCUCGGGCAUUGACACCAUGUCGCCACCUGAGCUCUUUGAUGCCUUUGGCAUCACACUCUUCGUCUCAACUGCUGUGGAUGAGCGCAUCGAAUUUGUACGCAAUCCCCGAGCAAAGGCUUCCCGCGCAGUGUAUAACAAGGUUGUUGUUAUUGGUGGGAUCACAUCUACGAUUGCAAAGCUGGCCGAAGAAAUACAAACGGUCUUGACGCCUUUGGCCAUCCAAGUUCUGUUGUGCACAUCCCUCGAAGAUCUGCAAGAAAACGUCCUGGACGAUGAGACGGUUAUUAUCAGCCUCGUAGACCUGGAGGCUCCAGUAUUCAAGGACAUUACAUCGGAGAGAUGGUACAAAUUCCGCCUACUCUUUGAGACAAAGAGGGAAAUUCUCUGGCUAACUAGCGGCCGUCUUGAAGACGAACCCUACUCCAACAUGACAGUAGGGUUCGGCCGUUCUGCAAUGCACGAGGAAGAGACCCUUCGCGUACAAUACCUGGAUGUGGCGGAUGUUAGCCAGCUCAACGCAGUUAUGGUUAUGCAGUACCUUUUGCGAUUCACCUCUUCUGAACUGGACAAGUCUGACAUUCUCUACACCAAGGAGCCGGAAGUCAUCAUCGACGCAAAUGGCAGAGAGCUAGUUCCGCGCUUGUUCACGAUACAGGCCGCAAACAACCGUCUCAACUCAGUUACACGACCUAUUUAUGAGGACGUGGAUACAAGUCAGAGUGUGGUGGAGCUACGGUAUGCCAAAGAGGAGCCGAGCUUUAGAAAGCUAUCGCGAUACGAGGUCUCUGCAAAGCUUGAACCGUCACAUGACACCACGAUCAAAUUGCGCGUUGCUUAUUCUGUUAUAUCUGCGCUAAGAUGUCCGGCUGGCUAUCAGUAUCUCAUCAUGGGUUUCGACGAAUCCGGUGCUCGGCGCGUCGCUUUGGUCAACUCGCUCACCUCUGUACUUUGCGUCCCUCUGAAAUCGACGAUUUUGUGUGAGCUCUACGAUAUGUCAGAACCCAGCUACCUCACGCUCCUUGCCGCAGAGAUCAUCGCCAUGACGAUCGUUGACCCGCUGUUUACUGGUCAAAAGCUGGCUAUCCUCAAUGCUUCUAAACUCAUCAUCCAGGCCAUCGCUAGCUACGCCACGGCCAAGGGUGUUGAAACAACCUUUAUAGUAGAUGCGGGUGGCGAAUUUGUUCCCAAGGACGUUGCAGUGCAGUCCCAUUUGCCAUUAUAUCCUUCGCGAUCCGAUAUGUCGUUCAUUCUACCCACGAAUCUGGCUUGUUUUGUCAGCUUCUCUGCCUUGAAUAAGGCUGACAGCGAGGAUGCUAUGAAGUCCCUGCUUCCAUUCUAUUGUCAAAAGAUGAACACGAGCACUCUCUUCUCAACUCACGGCGUCGACACUGGCGCUCUUGGGGCCACGGCACAGCAUGUACUCAGCCGCGCCAUUAGCUCAAGAAAAGGACGGGUCAUUGACUGGACACCACCAAGCACCUCGCUUUCUGUUCGCAUAACGCGCUUCGAGAUGACCCAACUCUUCAAGGCUGACAAGACCUAUUGGCUAGUCGGACUGUCCGGCGCAUUAGGAAUCUCUCUCUGCGAUUGGAUGAUUGAACGAGGUGUUAAAUAUCUGGUUCUGACAAGUCGGAACCCCAAGAUCGAUGAGCGAUGGAUCGAGAACCAUGAAAAGCAUGGUGUUAUGAUCAAGAUUCUGCUCUGUGAUGUGACUGACGAGGCUGCCAUCAAAGACGUCCACCAGACCAUUGUCCGCACGCUUCCGCCCAUCGCUGGUUUACUCAACGGUGCCAUGGUCCUGCGAGACGUUUCAGUGCGCAAUAUGGAGUACGCACAAGUCACCGAUGUUAUCAGACCAAAAGUUCUCGGGAGCAUCCACUUGGACCGCAUCUUCCACGACAUAGAUCUCGAUUUCUUUGUUCUCUUGUCCUCCAUCAACUGCGUCAUUGGGAACGUCGGACAAGCAAACUAUGCCGCUGCAAACAUGGGCAUGAUAGGUGUGGCUGGCCACCGCCGUAAACGUGGUCUCCGCUCUUCCGUCGUAAACGUCGGCGCCAUCAUUGGUGUUGGUUACAUCACACAAUCUGAUCGACAACUUGACGUUACGGUCGCCAAAACAGCCAUGAUGCAUUUAUCCGAGCAGGAUUUCCACCAGAUUUUCGCCGAAUGUAUGGAGGCUGGACAUUUGGACAACGACAGCGGUCCAGAAAUUUCAACAGGCUUACUGGAAAUUACGCCCGAUACCAUUGACAUCCCACCGUGGUAUUCUGAUCCAAAGUUCAAGCGCUUCCAAGUCCAUCAAGCUGCUGCUGGAGCUGGCAAGGCCGAGGUGGCCAACUCGGCUUCGACGCAAGAGCUUUUGUUGGCAUGUCGCAGUCAAGCGGACAUUACCAAGGUUGUCCAACAGGCGUAUUGCGCCCAGCUCCGUCGUAUCCUGCAGGUUUCUACAGCAGACGAGGAUUUGAUGAUGAUGCGUGGAGUCGAUCUAGGGUUCGACUCGUUGCUUUCCGUCGAUGUGCGCUCGUGGUUCCUCAAGAACUUCCGCGUGAGUAUUCCAGUUCUCAAGAUCAUGGCCAACGAUGUGCGCAUGUCGACCUUGGUGGACUUGGCAGCAGAGAGUAUUCCUGCAGAAUUGAUACCUCAUGUCCAGCAGCAGCAGCAGCAGGCCGGUAGGCAGGAUGCUUCAUCAAAUACCAGCAGCGACGAUGAGACCGCAAGUACCCUACCCACAUCCCCCGAGUCUGCUAGUCCUGGCACAUCAACACCCGUUCCCGAGAAGGACAUUUCGCCAGUCGACACGUUCAACUCUGUAGACUGGUAUUUCGAAACCACUCCACCCUCAAUAUCUACCUUUUCCGAGCUCACUUCCGCCCCUGCGCCUCGAUCGGACCCUAAGGUCGUCGUACUGACGGGCUGCUCGGGUCUCCUGGGUCACCAUCUCUUGAGUACCUUGAUCGCCCAACCUUCCAUUCGCAAGAUCAUUUGUCUCGCUGUGCGCAGCCUCCCCUCGCGCCUGUCAAGCGGCGAGCUUCCACUUCCGGGCGACAAGAUUGAGUACCACGCUGGCGACCUCACCGCACCACAACUCGGCCUCUCAACCUCAACUUGGAUCUCCAUUUUCAAGCAAGCCGACGCCGUCAUUCAUAAUGGCUCCGACACUUCGCAUCUGAAAUACUAUUCUGCGCUCAAGCUCGCAAACGUCGAUUCGACUAAACAAUUAGUUUCAACGUGCCUCCAGCGCAUGAUACCAUUCCACUACGUCUCCUCUGCAGGUGUUGCCUUGUUUGCGGAACGCGACGCAUUCCCUCCAGUUUCAUGUACCACGACGGGCAAGACUCCACCCGCUGAUGGAUCUCAUGGAUACAUGUGUGGCAAAUGGGUUUGCGAGAAGAUGCUCGAGCGGGUCUACGAGCAGUACCACCUUCCUAUUGUGAUUCAACGCCCAUCUACCAUCAUUCGGUCUGGCGAGGACGCAGCUGUUGAACGCGCCGGCUUCGAUUGGGUCAAUUCGCUCCUACACUUUGCGCAUCAAACACAAACGGUACCAAGGGUUGACCACAAUGCUGGCGCCUUCGACCUUGUGAGCGUGGACACUUGUUGCAGUGAUGUAGCCAGGAAGUUGACGCGCGCCACGAAGGAGAGGAUCACGUAUGUGAAUAAUGUAGGGGACGUCGUCAUUCCUAUGGCUUCAAUGGCAGACGUGGGGCUGGACAGGAUUGGAAAAAGGUACAAUGUCUUGACCAUGGACGAAUGGACAAAGACAGUAGUAGAGGCGGGUAUGCAUCCAGCUGUUGCGGCAUUGAUUGAGACGUUUGAUGAACCCGGGGUUGAGAAGUAUCCGAUGCUGUUAAGAGAGUAA